AUCAAGUCUUUGUAUUCUUCGAAAUCGUCUAACGAAUGGUCUAUGACGAAGCUACGGCAUGUCGCAGUCGCCCCCAUUGGACGAGCUGUUACCCUGAUGCAGGAGUUCCCUGACACCAACUCACUCGACAGAUUCAGUCUUGCUGUAAGCAAGCGAGUCUCGCAGAUUGAUUCGGUAGAUACGGGGAAUUUGCGCGUUCUCUUGCGUCCAUACUCUACAGAUUCUUGCUCAGCUAUGUGCAAAAGUAGAAUAAUCACUACCAAAGCUGCCGAGACAGUUGUUUGCUGCUGCGUGGGCGUUGUUGAAGCUUCGGAGGUGGACAGCUCCCCGCAGCUUUCAUGUGGGUCUUCCACGUGACGUGGACUCCACUCUACCCGGACUUUUUUGUGAGCAGCAGGUCAUUCACCUUUGCGACACUCUGCGCCACGGCUGCACACCACGCUCAUGAUCGAUCGGUAACACGUAGCAAUACUCGAAAACAUGGCUGCACCCAUGGCGCCCUCGAUGCUGCCAAAAGUAGAGGAGCCUUCCGCUGUCGACCUCGUAGACACCGAAGCUGCCUCCCCCGCCGAUGCGCUCUACGACAAAUGCGCCCAAAGAUCACAGGGCACCGUCUUCUUCCAGCGCGAUUUGUCCAAUAUGCAGAUCGCUGAGACCAUGGCCGAGCUUACCAUGCUCUUGCAGGAGCUAUGUGAUCGCCAUCUUAUGAAGCUCAUGACGUUCGAAGGCGAGCCGUGCUGGAAGCUGCGGUCGCGCCCGGAAGCCGACAAACUUCGACGACUCACGCCUGACGAACGCCUCCUAUACCACCACAUCGACCAAGUCCAGGCGGAGGGCAUCUGGUCGAAAGCACUGCGCGCACGAACGAACGUCACCCAACAAGUCCUCACAAAAUGUCUCAAGAGCUUAGAGUCGAAAGACUUGGUACAAUCGGUUAUGAGCGUGAAGUUCCCAAACCGCAAGAUGUACUUGCUGAAGCAUCUGCGCCCUUCUGAAGACAUCGCCGGAGGCCCAUGGCAAUCAGAAGGAGACUUCGACACAGCACUCAUCGAAGCUAUAUCCGGCAUUGUCGCGCAGUACAUCGAGAAUGAGACUUGUAUUAAGGUUCCUGGCAACUGGAACGAAUAUGACAGGACGGACAGGAGCACAGAGAUUGCGCAGAAGAAGGCGCAGGUGCAGGGCAUACGGGAUAUCGAAGAUGCGCCAGCUGUGAAACCAUAUUACGCACCGAGAGACCCGAACGCAUCCAAGAUUGUACACAGAAACAGUCCGCAGUACCCAACUUCUGCCUCGGUUGCCGAAUGGCUCAACUCAAAGGAGAUUUUAAGGGGCAAGUCAGUAAGAGAAGAUGACAUGGAGCAACUGCUAGAGAUGAUGGUGCUGGAUGGACGGCUUGAGAAGAUCUCAGGAACCAAUUACCGCACUGUUCUGACAGUGAACGAUACCAAAGUCUACAACGGUUUCGUCGACGCACCGUGCGGUAACUGCCCAGUCUUUGAUCUCUGCGGCGACGAAGGCGAAAUCUCAGCCAGGACCUGCGUGUACUUCGGGCAGUGGCUAGAGACGCAGUCGGAAGAGGUGUAAAUUUCAUCUAUCAGGCAUAGCGACGGCGUUUUGGGCAUUGAUGCAUUUACGGCUACUAUUGAGAGGAAAUACCC